AUGGCCCAAGACGGAAAUUCAUUGUAUCUAGUUCUGCCCGUAUAUUGUAACCUUGCAACGCCUGCCCGUGAAGUUCCUGUGGUGGGUGAGGCUGGAACUCCUUCACUCCAGGCGCAUAAUGAGAUUGUUGCCAAUAUGAUUCGAUGCAUGGUCCAUACCAGUAUAGCCCCGACGCCAAUACCAGCACCAAUACCUGCUUUUGCACCGGUGGACAUUCCUGUGGGCUCAUCGGACGAUACUGGCGUAUCGGACGCGGAACCUGAUGAUGCAGAUGCCUCGCUGGCUGUAGUGGCAUGUGUUGAUGUUGCGACUUUGGCCGAAGAAGAUGUGUCUGAAGUAACCAACGCAGUUGUGGAGGUGGAUUCGCCAGUGAAUACCGUCCCUACAACGGUGUACUCAUUUUCUUUUCGAUUCCAUGUCGCCCAUACUUUUGGAUUGGAUGGGAGAACAGCGAAUCUCCCGACACCACUGUUGCAACAGCCUGAGUUGUGA